AGCCAUUUAACUCAAUCUCAAACGCAUUCAGUUUUCCCAAUAAGUACGAAUCACAUUUUUAUUUCAAUAGCAUAUCUACCACUCACUACAACGCCACAUGUCGUCCAGGUGCGAGCGCCGAUCGGAGUGCACAGGCCACGAGCUAGACGGAAUCCUCCAGGCGGAGUCUACAGCGGCGCUGUUGAUCUUCGCGGACGCGCAGUUCGAGGGGGACACAUUCGCGGACACGUGCUGGGGCAGGUCAUUCCCGGGCCCGCGGUGGCGGCGGCCCUCCAGUGAGGAGCACGACAGCGACGACGACGCCGAUGACCAGAGCGCCUCCCCGCUGCAGACUCGACCCCACCCUGGCACGGACGCCGCGGGCGAGCCAGAGGCCGAGGCCGCGCGGGACCCCUGGCCGACGGGCGGCCGCGGCCGCGCCCCCGCCGCCGGGCCAGUCCUGGCCGGGGUCCGCGCGCGCUCCCGCGGGGUCGCCCCGGCAGCGGCGCCGCGGCGCCCGUGGGGGAUCCGCGCGGCCGUGGCGCAGCGGGAGCCGCCCUCGCUCCGGGCGCCCCAGCGCAGUGCCGAGCGCCGCCUGGCGCCGCCUCUGAUGCCCGCAGCGGGGGCUGCUGGCGCCGUUAGCGCGCGUGCCAGUUUGAGCCUCUGAGGAAGCGGGUGCGACGGGUCGGAGUCGAGAGCCUGCUCCACCGUGCGGGGUGGAGCAGGGUCGAGGUUACAAUCGCGAGCUCGGCUUUGGAAUGGGCCCGUCCAUUGACUCCCUCUGCAGAGCCCGUCAGAGUCUGCGGACGCGACUUCGGAUCAACUGGGCCUGGGGUGGAGCCUUGGACCUUGGAGGUGCAUCCAUGACCUUGAAACCUUGGAGCCUUGGACCUUGGACCUUGGACCUUGAAACCUGAUGGAUCCAUUCAAGUCGUUAGGAGUCAUCAAAUAUGCUUGCGAAUAUUAAUACUAUUAUCAUUGCAUGAAUUUUCCAAGCAGCAAGCGACAUCCUGAGUCUUUCAUGAGAGCCACGCAGAUUUGAAUUUCGAAUUUCGAUUGUAGCCCAGGCAUGGGGUCCACAAUGGCAUCGGCAGUCGGAGCCACGUGCUUGCCAGCACCCGCCAGAAUGUUUUUUUUCUAUUCGACCGCCAGUUCGUUCUCCGACCGCCGGACUGUCUGGUUCCCCAAACAGCUUGCUGAACGGGGUGCUGUUGUGAUAGAAGCUAACUCCGGCCGAGGGAAGUCGGAGCAGAGGCAUGUUUUAACAUGCCAUGCCAGCCCGCACUGGACGGGCACGCAAUCGACCUUGGAAACCGCAGUGGGUCUAAAACCCUGUUUGGGGAUACUGCACUCCGGCUAUCAUUUUUUUCCGCCGCAUCCAAAGUCUGAUUAGGGCUCACGGGAGGCGAGGUCCUGCUCUUCAUCGCAGAUAAUGUCGGGCUCGCAUUGUUCCAUGCGGGGCGUAGUUAAAGGAUGCGAUGGCGCAGCGCAUCAGCUCACUUAGAUUGUCACGCAUUGGGCCCCCGUGGCAGGCUCGCCUAUCCUGCGGCGCUCUGGCCCAAUCUGAAUCGCCUGAGGAGAUCCUUCUUAAUGGCCGAGUGGCAUGGGAGCCACGCUGGCAUCGCCAGUCGGAGCCGCGUGUUAGCACCCGCCAUUUUGGCUUAGGG